UUCCAACAUGGCAGCGUACAGGUCAUUAUAUCACCCAAGAAGAUAUCGUGAAAUUUCACGACUUUUUUCGUCAAUUUCCUCCGCGAAACCGGUCACAAAACUUCGCCCUGAUCCUUACGAGUACUCCCACGAGCCAAUCUAUACGGCUGAACACGUUGAAUUAAGAGAUGCUUUUAGAAGGUUCAUCGAUAAAGAGAUCAACCCUUAUGUUGACGAAUGGGAGAGGGAAAAAAUGUUUCCAGCCCAUGAACUCUUCAAAAAGCUUGGCCAAGCUGGAUAUUUAGGUGUGAAUAAGCCUGUUGAAUUAGGUGGRCAAGGCUUGGAUUACUCAUUCACUGUGGCAUUAACUGAGGAGCUAGGUCACAUAAAAUGUGGAGGUGUCCCAAUGGCGUUUGGUGUUCAAGCAGACAUGACAACUCCUGCCUUGCUAAAGUUUGGAAGCAAAGAACUGCAACGGCAGUUUCUGGUACCUACCAUUGCAGGUGACUUUGUAGCUUGCCUUGGUGUAAGUGAGAMUGGUGCUGGUUCUGAUGUUGCAAGUAUUAAGACUACUGCCAAAAAGGAUGGAGAUGAUUAUAUUAUCAAUGGUGGUAAGAUGUGGACAACAAAUGGCAUCCAAGCUGAUUGGAUGUGUUUACUGGCCAAUACAAGUGACGGUGACCCACACUACAACAAGUCUUUGAUCUGUUUGCCUCUUGAUCUUCCUGGUGUACAAAGAGCAAGGGCUAUUGAUAAGCUAGGCAUGCACUGUUCUGACACAGCAGAAUUCUAUUUUGAAAAUGUGCGAGUGCCUCAAUCGUACAGAAUUGGAGAUGAAGGAAAAGGUUUUGUUUAUCAGAUGUURCAAUUUGUCGAUGAGCGAGUUUUUGCUGCUGCUUCAGUUUUGGUAUCCAUGGAAGACCUGAUUUCUGAGACAGCUGAAUACUGCCGUAAUCGUCCAGCUUUUGGGAAAUCUAUUCUGGACAAUCAAUAUGUGCACUUUAGACUGGCUGAAUUGCAGACUGAAGUAGAACUUCUUAGAGCACUUGUAUACAGAACAACAUAUCUUCACAUGCGAGGUAUCGAUGCUAACUUGUUUGCCUCGAUGAUGAAGUUGAAGGCAGGUCGUUUGGUUAGAGAAGUCUCAGAUUCCUGUCUACAGUUUUGGGGAGGAAUGGGAUACACUAGUGACGUAGGCAUCAGYAGAGCCUUCAGAGAUUUCAGACUUCUUUCAAUUGGGGGUGGAGCUGAUGAAGUCAUGCUCUCAAUCAUUUCCAAAGAACUGAAUCUCCUUCCAAAGUCUUCAUAGUGAAUUUGAAUUCUGUGGAUGGGAAUUGUGUUGGACAGUGUACAUUAUUAUCAUUGUGAUCUCUCACACAAUAUAUUAUGAAGAAGGGUGCAGAUCUUGACUCAUUACUCUGCAUAUUUUUUAUGGAUUUUCAUCAGUCGUUCAUGAUUGCAUCAACUACAGAAAUUAUUCACAGGUUUCUAUAAUCAUAAGCUCAACUGCUGUCUCUUUUAAUGCAAUUGAUCUGGGUCUGAUCUUGGAGUGCACUGGGUGUAUGUGUACCCGUGUACACCACUUCAAAACAGCAUUUAUUGCGUAAAUAAAAAUGCAACUUUUCAUGAACGCUA